AUGCGGUGUAUAUGUGCGUUGUUGGUGGUGUGUGCGGUGGCUAGUGCACUGCCGGUGGCGCAGCGCAGUGGCGAGUUGGAGGCGGCGGCGAGCAACGGGUACGGGGGAUACGGCGGCCGGGAGGUGGUCAUUCUGGAGGAGAAGAACGGCUACGGCCAGCACGGCGACUACGGCGAGCAGUACAACCAGUAUCUGUACGGCGGAGGGGGAGGAGGAUACGGAGGGGGCGGGGGCGGGGACUACGGCGGGGGUUAUAACUACGGCCCCAUCAUCGUCCACAUCCCCAACAGCGAGCCGUAUUACCCCGGAUACAUGCCGCUGGGGGGUUAUGGCUAUUCCCAACCCGCCCAUACGCCGCAUUACGAACAGAGCUAUGGCUAUUAAAUUAUUACAAUAAUUAUUUGACCGUCCAUCCAGCCCUGCCCGGCUGUUCCUUUCUGGUUCCGUUGUUGUUCCGUUGCGCCGUGCGUUGCUCAAAAUUCGCUUGACGGGAUUGACGAGAAUUAUUUCCCUUUUCUACUUGUGCGAAUUCUGUGCCGGAUAUAUGACGGGUUGCGGUCUGUUCGUUGGUUGAUAGUGCACCAUGAUUAAUUUUUGUUUUCGGGAAUGUCGCUGUGCAGAUAAUUGCAAUGCUGCACCGGACAUGAAAUAAACUACAGUAAUGCGCAUUUUGCCAGAUCAGUCACCUCUCAGGAAUUUAUCAGAUAUUCGAGUACAACAUAAGAAUAACGUGCAUGUAUCAUCCAGUUAAAUCGGCGACA